AUCCCAUCCUGUUCUGGACUCAUAGGGAAAGGUCUACUUACGAGUACGGGGGCAGGCUUUUUAGAAAGCUGGUUUAUUGGAUAUUAAAACCUAAACCGAAGCGAAAAGGACAUCUGACAUACAUUGGAGGGCACCUUUUGGUCUGUAUCUUACCUCAAAGGAUGUCGAGUAUGGUGCAACUGUAGCAGAGAGGAAUACCACAUAAGGAUCUGCAUACAGGGACCUAGCCAGUUGAUCACCAUGCCUCACCUUAGUGUCAGUCCAAGCAUAAAGCUUAAAUCUAGUCCUGUGUGGCUCAUCUGUGUUCUGCUGGGCAUCUCUGUCUUAAGCUGUCAUGCAAAAGAUGUCCUUACUGUACCGCAGCAGGUGAGCCUGUCACCAAACCUUUUUACACAGCAACUCUCCAUCUCCUGGUUGGGAGGAUCGGCCACAACGUUUGACCUCAUGAUUCUACGAACAGAACUCAAUGAAACUGCCUUCUAUGAGACCUUGUCUGUGGCUGUGAAUCAGGUGAGCGGUCGUCACCAGUGGAACUGGACCUCAGCAGAACCUCUGGAGUGUACCUCGCUGUCAGUCAAAAUCCGCUCAAGAGACAAACAGGCAACAAGUGAAUGGAGCAACACACAGAUACUUCAAGGAGAUGACAUCCCCAGCAAUGAGAAACUCCAGAUGUACCCCCAGGACAGAAUUGUUCCUGUAGGGGCUAAUACCACCUUCUGUUGUAUCGUACAAGAAGGGAAGAUUUUUGGUACCAUCCAGUACGGCAGCACGUUGAUGAAUGUGACACGACUGAGCAGGAGAACUUAUGCCACCACCGUGUUUAAUCAGGGACCGUCUGGCAGUACUGGAACCAAUGUCUUUUGUUCUGACUUACUGAAGACUGAACUGACUGGAGCAGUGGUGUUUGUUGGAUAUACACCACUGCCCACUGAUUUUGUAUGUGAGACUCGUGACUUAACCUCAGCUGUGUGCAGGUGGAAUGAAGGUCGAGACACACAUUUGUACGGCAGACGAAGAACACGCUACUUGCUGAACAAAAGGAGCUGCACUGGAGGCAACCCGCAGCAGAAGCAGAAAGAAUGUAGCAUGGACAAGUGGGAGGAUAACUGGACACUGUUAGCGUUUAAUCCUCUGGGCCAGUACAGCCUCUCUGACCAUGCUGAGCUCACUCACAGAGUGCGUCCAGUUGCACCAGCCAAUGUAACCACGGUCCCAAAUGCCUGGAAUGCCACUGUGCUGUGGAAGUGGAAGUAUGAUGGUUAUUCCUCCCUGCCUCUUGUCUGCCAGGUAGAGCUGACAUCUCAAGGGUCAAAAACUAAGCGUACCUUCUCUGGUGUGGGUCUGCAGUCAGUGGUUCUUACGGACCUGUACCCUGAUGAGGAUUAUAGCGUCCAAGUCUGCUGUGGAGCUCAGCAGAAUUUCUGGAAGUGGGGGAACUGGAGUGACCCAUUUCCCUUCAAAACCAACGCUGAUGUUCCAGAUGCUCCUGAUGUGUGGAUGUGGAUGAACAAAGACUACACUGGACAGGUCAUUUGGAAGCCUCUGACACGACGACAGAGCCAUGGUCAGCUCACAGGCUAUGAAGUCACUCUCUGGACCGCUGAGGAAAAUGUGCGUCACAUAGAAAUCUUUCCAGCAGACACUUCUGCUGUACCAAUCAACCUCACACAGAUCGCUGCCUACAGCUCUGACAACAAAGUCAAAGCAACCGUCUUUGCAAAGAACAACAAAGGGCUGUCUCAGCCUGCAAGUGUGCUUGUACCUCUACAUUUGACAGAUGUGGAUCAUAUUGCUGUGUCAAGGGCAGUGUAUACAGAUAGAGGUUUCAAUCUGCAUUGGCAAAGCGAUGCCAGUGCCACUUGUGGUUAUGUGUUGGAAUGGUUUAAUGCCGCUUGCUCACAGAACUGCCCCGUGGAGUGGCUCAAAGUGUCUGCUGGGAACACUAAUAUCUCUCUUGAGUCAGCCAACUUCGAGCCAGGUGUGAGGUACAACUUCUCCUUGUACAGCUGUUCCACCGAGGCUCCGGAGCUGCUGCAGCGCUGGCAGGGAUACAUGCAGGAGCUGGUCCCGUCCAGGCCUGUCUCUCUGUCAACAAGCCAGCAAGACUCCAGUGUCGUCCUUACCUGGGAAGAGAUCCCGCUGGUCAACAGAAGAGGCUUUCUCCAGGGUUACAACAUUUACAUCAGUAAUGGCUCCCAGCUCACUCUCCUAGCAAACUUGUCAGAUGAAGGAAGCAGGAGCUACACAGUAAAAGGUCUCUCAGAGGGCUCUUAUAGAUUUAUUGUCAAGGCGUACACUUCUGCAGGCGAGGACACUGGCGCCCCUACUUCAAUAACGCUGGAGCCAUACACUGAUUGGCUGAUCCUGGAGAUCUUGGCUUCUCUGGGAAUCACAGCCUUAUUUCUGGUCAUUGUUACCUUUAUUUGCUACAAGAAAAGAAAAUGGGUUAAAAAGGCAUUCUACCCAGACAUACCUGAGCCCAAGCUACAAGGGGAUUGGUCCAGGACACAGGGGCCAAUGGAUGUGAAGCCAUCUCCUCACAGCAUGGUCCAUAUUGUAGAAAAGCCUGAGUGGGAUUCUAGUAAAGAGGCUCUCGUCGUCAUUCCUGAAGAAGACGAAGAUGAAGAAGGGCAGGGCAUCGGAGAUGAGCCAGUUGACACAGACGAGCCAACAUCAUUACGCUACUAUAACCAAGUGGUAGAUGAGCGGCCGAUCAGGCCGCGUUUCCCAGACUCCUCUGCUUCCUCUGCUUCCUCUUUGGAUUCAGCACGUACCGAUGUGACGUAUACAGGGAUUCAGACCUCAGGGUCUUCUCUGGUCUUCCAGCAGGAUCCACAGGCUUCUUCUGAGACCCUGUGGCCUCCAGCUGAUCUGUCUGUCAGCUGUGGAGGCGGAGGAGGGGGUUACCGGCCACAGAUGCAACCUAGAGCCCAAAGUAAUAGCUUAGACUUAGCUUCACCUGAGCCUUUCUUAGAGUCCCAGGCUGUUAGCUCUGGGGGGUACAAACCUCAGUGCUCCUGGCAUAUGGACUCCCCAGAGGAGGUUGGGGAAAGCAGUGGCUUGGUGCCUUCUCUAGGAUCGCCCACCUCUGUUGCCUCCACUCAGUUCCUCCUCCCUGAUGGAGAGGGUCACGCAGAAGAAAAACGACAGCUAUCUUCAUCAGCAGCGACAUGGUUCACCAACCUACUUUCGUCCACAAAACCAUAAUACCAUCUCUCCUUCACUGCUAGCAGCCAGGCCAGGGAGAGGGUUUAUAAACGGAUUCACAUCUGUUACCACUGUUAUGCAUAGCACAUAUGAGAUCCCCUCUGAUGUAGCACUGCAUUCACACAGCUGCACAUUCAGGUUAGAUAUGCUAUUUUAUUUGACACACAUGUAGUUAACUACUCAGAUACCAUAAAUAUCAGAUUCUGUAUAUUUAUAUGUCACAACAUUUCUACUCUGACAACCUCUGCUCCACGAUAGACAGUAUAUUGCACCCCCCGGUACCCUGUGGCUGUCACACCCUCCACUGCCUUUUCUGUGACUCCCUACUAUGGGCAUUUAGCAGCUGCAUAUCCUUUGUUACUGAUGAGCAGUUUUUAGCUUGCAUUUCAGAUGAUUUUAUUUGCUGUGAUGUGAACUUUACACUACAGAAGAAAGCAAGAAAUAACUGAACACUAAGAAAGGACAUUUCUAGAAGGAGACUUAAGAAUGGACAUUUUAUGUGGCUGGUUGCUGUGAAGAAAGGAAACCCUUCUACUUGAUGGAAGCUGUGUCUUCUGCCAGCUCACUUCUGGGGUAGCUUGCUUGUUCUAAACAGAAGAUGAGCUGCUGAUAAGGAGAAAUGAUAUAAAUGCAAAGAUAUGUAAAGAUGAAACUCUCCUGGGUUGAUAGUGAAGUGAGGUAGCUCCCGUUCUCACGGAUGUGAUCUGUUUCACUAGUUACUGUCCAAACAGUGGGCAUAAACUGAAAAGAUGCACUUCUGAUACACGAGUGGUGCUCACUAUUAUGGUCUGGAAUUAUUUGGGUAAUGAGCCCAGUAGAUAACACUGAUAUAAGCUAGAAAUUGAUUAUAAACAGAUAUAAUUUAAUGAAUGAACAUACUAAGAUGUUACAUUUGAGUGUUUUUAUUGAUGUUUUGUCUUCCUUACUUUUUGUCUUGUACAAAGUGAUUAUCCCAUGCAGGCCAGUGUCCUUGUUUUAAUGUUACAUUAAUCUCAAGCUGAUAUGCAGUGAAAAACAAGAGAUUUAACUUUUUUAAUUGCCUUUGUUAAUGCAAUGCUUCCAGAAAUUUGCACCAUAUCACCUUUUACUACACUUCCUUGCUCCCAAAUGUUAUGAAUUAUGAAAAAGAUGCAGUCCAGAACAGGUCACAAAGUGUAUUUUACUGAGCAAAAUGUAAAACCUGACUGGUUUUAGUCCAUUUUAAGUGCACAGAGGAACUUUUAAACAAGACGUAUGCGAUUUUUUGCUUUGAUUUUUACUCUUAGCUCUUGUAGUUUAGGAGUGGGGAUGUGAAGAAGCAUUAUGGUUUUGCGAUAAAAGCAUCUUAUGUUUGCUGUGGUGAGAGUAGAGUUUAUUUUAGAAGGUUUAAAAUCUGCAAUAAACUAAAGUUUGCUUUAUUUUUUUUAAUGAGCUUAUUUAUUUUUUCAUUUCAAUUAUUCCUGACACCUGUUAAUUUGUGAUGUCACAAAAAGGGACCAAGGAGAAAGGAGAAUGCGAGAAAAUUUCCUUAGGUAAUAUUCAAAGAAUAUGUGGGGGAAUCACCUUGUAAAUAUUGGUCAGUUGAUAGCACUUUGGCAAAACAAUGAUGGUGUCAAACACAGGCCACUAAAUGCCCAAGACACGUCAUGUACUCCUCGUCUUCACUCAUAUACAGUGUGUGUUGAAGAGGCGUCAUGGGCUCUAUUCAUUAUGCUAGUAUUCUCCCUUGGCAUCCAUAUCCUAAUAUUACAAGGAGCUUUAUCAGACAGUUUUAUUUUAUUUUUAUUUCCAGAGUCAGGCCCUGGUUUGCCUGUUUGGCAGUGUGUGUUUUUUUGGUUUCUCAGUGCCUCCAGCCUACAAGCUUUAAGUAAAACUACUGUGACAUGAAUGACGACAGACAUUGAGAGAUAUGGCUUUAAUGAUGAAGUGAGAACAGGCGGGCAGUUCUUUAUAUGACUACUGAAAAAUAUGUCUACCUUAUUGUCUUUGUCUUCUUUAGCUGAUCUGAAUUUCAGCCUGAUUACUGGGGCGAAAUGUUUCAUAGACAUGAAAUCUAGUAGCUACAUUGUGUGAGAUCAGUGAUGACAAAUGCUCAAUGGUAAAGGGUGGACAUAGUUUCUAGUCUUUAAACAUGGCAGCAGAUUGUUUCCUUUAAAGUCUUGAAUAAGCAGGGCUUUGGAAACCAGCCUAUAAAUGCUGUGUUUUACAUGCUUUUCUGUUGAUUUGGAUCAACAAAUGGCAUCUUUUAAGUAUUUCCUCCAAGUCUCUGAUUUUAUGCAACUAACUGUACAUAAUUCUUCUUUUUGUCCAUCCUAUCCUUACAGUACAAGAUGUUGUGUUUUAUAUUGGAAAUCAUAUUCCCCAUUUUACAAAUGGCAGAUUUCAUGUUGACUAACCAGCUGUUUUGGGAGAAAAAGAAAUAUUUAUGCUGAUAAAACCAGAUUAUAAGGUCCUAAAGUACAAGGAACCACAGUUGUAUAUUUGUUGGAAACCUUUUAAAGAGUGUCUGAAAAAAUCAUUUACGGUAAACUGAAUUGUGAUGCUGUCUUAUUAUGAUAGUUUAGCCUGCUUUGCAUUUGUCACAGCAUUGUCGCUUUGCCAGAUACAUUGUAAGUAAGGCCAGAGACCUCACCAAGCAACAGCUGACUUAAGAUUUUCCAUUACCUUUGGUCAUUCCCACCUUUAAUUGGAGUGUAUUUUUACUCAUCGGGAAUGAGAUUUAUAUGGCAUGGGACACCUGCUGCCUUACACAUCUUCAACUCUGGCCCUAGAUAUAUUUGUAAAACUGCUGCAUGCUGUAUAAACUAUUACUACAAAACAGUGGCUACACAUUCUUUAAAAAUCAUGUUUCUGUUACCCUGUGGCUUUAAAACACUAACACUGACUAAUGUGCAUGACAACAAGACUGAAGAAUCAUGCCCCUUAAUAAGGCUGUAACCGUUGAAAAUGCUUUAACUAUCAUGAGAUUUUAUAGAAUGUUUUACUAUUGAGUGAAAGAGAUGGUGAAGUGCUUAUGUGUUAACACUAAUAAAAUGAAAUGCUACUUGAUUAGAUGCAAUAAAGUUAUUUGUCUGGCCACCCUU